AUGCGUGCCAUCCGCGUACAUCCGGCUCCUUCGUCCUCCGACCCUUAUUCACCCUCUAACCCGGCGCCAAGCUCUGCCUUACAUCUAGAGGAGGGAAUCACUACCCCCAAGCCAUCAAAGCCUGGCGAGCUGCUCAUUCGCCUCAAGGCCACCACAGUGGUCCGGGAUAUGCUGACAUGGCCCGAGACUUAUUCCCAUGAAUAUGCUAUAAUUGGAAACGACUUCUCCGGUAUCGUGACCGAUAUUUACGAUGACAGCAGCAAGUUCAAACUCGGGGAUGAGGUCUUCGGCAUGACGGACGUGGAUCGUGCAGCAGCCUGGGCAGAGUUCACAAUUGCCACCGAGGAAGAAAUCGCUCUCAAGCCAAAAGAUCUAACCUGGGAGCAAGCUGCAGCGCUGCCGCUCAGUGCUCACACGGCAUAUGAGGCUCUCUUCGUCCACGCCGGUGUUGCGGUUCCAUCUGUUGACGUUGCCUUGGAAAACAAAACUCGGCCACGCCCCUCCAACCAGAGAAUUUUGAUCACCGGUGCCGCCGGCGCCGUGGGGAUACACCUGGUUCAGUUGGCCUCUGCUGCAGGGCUCCAUGUUGUGGCCGCCACAAGUUCCAACCUUCGAAACCGAGACUUUCUUCACGGCCUGGGUGCAAAUGAAACGAUUGAAUAUACCUCCCUAGACGUCGAUCAAUCCGAGUUUGAUUUUGUGAUCGAUGCAGUUGGCGGCGACGUGCUGGCCAAGUGUUGGAGUCGCGUGAAGGACAACGGAGUUAUUGUUUCUGUCGAUUCAGCCAGCUUUAAUUUUGUCCAAGAGCAUGAAAAGCGAGGACUACGCAAGCCGGGCGUUCGAGCCUUGUUUUUCAUUGUUGCAGGGAGCAGCAGCACUCUACAAUACCUAGCGGAACUUGCUGGACGAGGCAUCUUGCAGUCCCUCGUUAUUCAGACUUAUCCUUUUGAGGACGUGCGAGAAGCAUAUGAGUUUGCGAACGGACGACACACGGGACGUGGAAAAGUUGUGUUGACCAACUGA